AUGAAUUCUGCCAUUGACAGCGAGGCGACCUUCACGGCCCGGGCCCUCGAGCUUGGCAUGGAGAAGGGCUUCUUAGACUUGUUGAUCAAGGCCAAUGUGAAGUCCCUGGGUGCGCUGGCUUUCGUCAGCCCGUACCAGAUCGGCCAAGCUGAUGAGAAGCUCCUGAUCGAUGCUGUCCGGGAUCUCAUCCGGCGGGAUGUCACUACGCGGGAGCUCAUCCCGCUUCGACGCUUGUGGUUCGAGGCUAGCACAACCGUCAUGGGUGAGCUCAAGCAAAAGGUUGAGCGUCAGGACUCGGCUGAGCCUAUUCGCCUGACCAUAGCCGAGAGGACCACGAGGCUGGAGGAGCAGAAGAAGCGUCUCGUGGGGGUUUGCAUCACGAGUGAGUCCGAACCGUCUCAUCGCCUCGUGGACCUUGUUUUCCAGCAGGGUGCUGAUCAGCAGCUUUCUUGGAUCCCCUGGGAGCGUCUGACUAGCAGGGCUCAUGAGGUCACCCACUCUCGUAGUGACCUCGGGCUUCAAUUCGAUGCAGCUGGAAAUCUCCGCCUCACCAAGAAGAUGCAGGAGAGCUCUUGCACGCUUAGCGGGGAACUACAAAUCCGCCAGGCCCUUCAGAGGCGCGCUCUGGCGUACGACCUCGCUCGGUUGUGUGAUUUCUCGGCCAUGGAGUUGUACCACGAGGAGCUCUUCUUCUUGCUGACCCGAAACCCCCCGCAGGGCUGUCUCUACGUCACCAUGGCCCAGGUCCGCGAGUCUGACAAACAGCUUUUCAUCCGGCUGGCCGAGAAGACUCGUGGUGCUUUGACUGCUCGCCCAGAUGGCUCUAAGCCUUUGCAGGUGCAGCUCGAGUCCCUCAAGAGCCACCCCCAGGUCCAGUUCUGCCUCAUCCCGGCUCCGAAAUCGGCCCGCUUCCAGCCCUACGAGCCGCCUGAAGGUCGCUCCGACCGUGCCGCUGUCGGCAAGAGGGGGCAGCAUCCAAAGGGCAAGGGGGCCCAGACCUCGGGCGGGGGUGGAAAGGGUCCCUCCACUCCUUUCGAGCUGCCGCCGGGCUGUUCUUCUCAGCAUGAGGGUAAACCUGUCUUCCACUCUUUGCCGGGUGAGGAGGCCCCUCGCAGCGGCUCCACCGAUCAGAGCCGUGUUUUCCAGGCGGGGGCGUAUGUGCAUGGUGCGUUCACUGGUCUGCGUCGCUCGUGCUCCUUGUAUCCAGAGGCAAUUAGAACAUUUUGCUCUUUUAUUUGUGAAAAGACUCCUCCGGAGUUCGUGUUUAGCAACAUUGCAAUUUUCCAGAACCUGCGUACUGAGAUGCAUCGGGAUAAAAAUAAUUUAAAGGCUACUUUGAACUUCGCGGUGGCCAUUUCGGCCUUCGAAGGGGGCCAAGUUUGGCUUCAGGCUGAUCCCGCGUCCUCGAAGUCGGGCAUUUUGCUCGAUGUGACGGCCCAGGGCGUCUACUUCAACGCCCGUGAGCGCCUUCAUUGCACAUGUCCAUGGGCCGGCUCACGCGUGGUCAUCGUUGCCUUCAGCCUGCGUGGCUCCGAUUGCCUGCCCAAAGCGGAUGCCUUGACCCUUAACCUCUUGGUCCGUGGGCUCCCAGCAGCCACAACCGCGCCCUCGGGCUCCCCCCCUCCGUGCACCCCCGCUGCGGCCUGCUUGCCCGCGUACCCCGACCCACCCGGCGCUGCCGCCUUCCCUCCGGAGCCGCCUGGGGGCAAUUUGGCAGCUCCGACGUUUGUUGAGCUUUUUGCUGGUUGCGCUCGUCUCAGCUCCGUUUUCGCAGCCGCUGGUGUGCCCGCGUUGGCGGUGGACGGCCCCCGCAAUAAACACAGGCCUUUGCAUCCCGUCUGGACGCUCGACCUCACCGUGCCCCUUUGUCAGCGCCUUUUGCGUGAGCGCCUUCUCUCUGGGCGCCUUUUGGGCAUUCACCUUGGCCUCCCGUGCGGAACUGGCAGUCGCGCUCGAGAGAUCAAGCUCCCAACUCAUCUUGUGCGAUCCGGCGCACCGCAGCCUCGCCCCUUGCGCGAUGCUACAUACUUGCUGGGCCUUCCCGGCCUUUCCUCUGCCGAGCAAGCCAAAGUUGACGCGGCAAAUGAACUUUGCCGCUUUGUGGUUUCCCUGCUGUUGGACGCCUAUGCCAAAGGCUGGACCGUGACCAUAGAGAAUCCGGUGAACUCCUGGAUGUGGGGUGUACUCGCCUUGUUUGUUCGGCAGACAGGGAAGCGUGCUUUUCAGAGCUGGUAUGCACGCUUGUUCCAUGUUGACUUUGACCAAUGUAUGUGGGGUGGCCAUCGCAAAAAGGCUUCUCGCUUUCUCACCUCCGCCUCUGAACUGAGAGGGCUCGUGGCUCCCUGUGACGGUCGGCACACACAUGCCCCCUUUCAGAUCUACCGCACGGCGGGGGGCUGGCAAUUCGAGACCGCCCUGGAGGCCGAGUAUCCCGCCGAGCUGUGCUUGCAGUAUGUUUCUCUUCUUGGGGCCCGCCUGAGCCUGCCUGCACCAGCCCCCAGGCGGCCUCUACUCCGCCAGCCCCGCCGCCGUCCUCCGCUGGUGCCCGAGUACAAGCUUUUCACUCAUGUUCGCCCCCUCGAGGGUGAGUUUCGCGAGCUCUCUUCUGAGGGGGGAGGAGACGGGAGCCGCUCAACUUUCGCAGUCCUGCAUACCAAGCAGGAGUUUGUGGCCAAGGCCUGUCAGGUACCGCACCCCUUUGAUGCAUCUGACUCCAUAGACGACCAGGUCAAGAGAAACAUUUUUGAACUGUUUACUGGUGGCUUCAUGCCUUCGGCCAGGAAGAGGCUGUCUAUGCAGAAACGUCUGGCCGCCAUGAAAAAGGCGGUCCUAAAGGGCAAGAACAUCCUUCUUUGGCGCAAGCUGCUCGUGGAGACAGGCUUCCCCGACCUGGACGCCCAGGAGCUCAUGGAGGGGGUCCCCUUGAUAGGAAGGCCAACGAAGUCGCUGCUCUACGACUGGAAAGAGAUCCCCGCAACUUGCACAAGGGAGGACCUCCUCGCUUCCUCAGUUUGGCGGAACAAGAUGCUUUCGGGAAAAGGGGCUGUGGGGGAUGAUGCUGAUCUCCUACACAAGGUCUGGCUGGCCACUGAGAAGGAGGUGGAGAAAGGCUACCUCAUUGGCCCCUACGAGUCCCUUGAAGACGUCAAGGCAACCCUGGGCGCAGAGGAGGUUUGCUGCAGCAGGCGUUUUGGUGUCCGCCAGGGCUCCGGGGAUUCUGAGAAAUGCAGGCCCAUAGAUGACUACAAAGAGAGCGGGGUUAACACGGCCUACCAUGCUGUGGACCUACUUCAGUUACAUGACGUUGACUACCUGGUCAACCUCUGCUGUUUCGUGGCAAACGCUGCUCAUGACGACGGCUUCACCAGGGUAGGGCUGUCGGAUGGCACGAUGCUCGUGGGGCGUACACAUGGUGAUCUCCUGGGGGGGGUCAAGUGGCUGGGGCGUUGCUUGGACUUGGAAAAGGCCUAUAAGCAGAUCCCGGUUAUGGCCAAAGACCUCGUCUUCGCAGUCUUGAUGGUUUGGGAACCUGGGUCGGGCUCGUGGAGAUACUUCAUCUCCAGGAGCCUCCCCUUCGGAUGCUGCGCGGCGGUUUACGGUUUCAAUAGGGUUUCUAGGUCGUUGCUGCACCUGGCCCUGCAUCUCGCCGGCAUGAUCGGCGGGGUCUAUUUUGACGACUUCCCUUUGCUUGAGCCGGCCCCCACUGCAAGGAUGGGCUCCCUCGCCAUCGAGUGCCUUCUGGACGCCCUGGGUUGGUCGUACGCAGUGGGUGAUGACAAGGGCCGCCCCUUUGAAGAGACCUUUGACCUGCUUGGUAUGCGACUCAGUGUCGGGGAGCUUCUCGCUGGUCAGGUGGCCUUGGCAAACAAACCUAGCCGUGUUGAGAAGAUCCGAGCCCAGGCUUCAGGGAUGGCAUCCUCAGGCUGCGUCACUCGCAGGGAAGCAGCCUCCCUGCACGGCCAACUGAACUUCAUGGUGGGCUUCGCGGCUGGACGAGCCAUGAAGAUAGCCUGCAGGGCCCUGGCCAACAUCUGCUACAUGAACCGCUCUCCCUCCGUGGAAGAAGUGAAGUCGCUGGGGCGUUUCAUCCUGAAGACGCUCUCUGAUGCACGUCCGAGGACCUUCUCACUCCGGGCGCAGGGGAGCCCGGUCUCCAUCUUCACUGACGCGUCCUAUGAGAAAGGCGUCGCCUGCUGGGGGAUAGUUCUGCUGGACCAGAGUUCCGAUAGAAGAUGGGUGGCAGCGGGUGAGAUCUCGCCCAAGCUUGUGGACUUCUGGCUGGCAGAGGGCAUCGAGCAGGUCAUCUCUCAGGCGGAGGCCUACGCGCUGGUUCUCUCGAGGCGGGCCUGUGCCUCGGAACUGGCCGGGAAGAGGUGCAUCUUUUACGUGGACAAUGACGCCGCCAGGUACACUUGCAUUAAGGCCAGCAGCCCCUCUCGUUCUCUACUGAGCUUGGCAUGCCUCUUCUACGCCAGCGAGUCGGCUGAUGGCAUCGUGUCUUGGAUUGAGCGCGUUCCUUCUGCAAGCAACGUGGCCGACCUCCCUAGCAGGGGGGAAGCUGCGUUGGCAGCGCAGAUGAUUGGAGGUCAGGUCGUCGACUUCUCUCAGGCUGCGCAGCUUCUAGCAGAUGAGUGCAUGGACCUGAGCGACCUUCCCUGGGACCUCCUCUCGUCCUCGAGCGGAAACCUUUGGACACUGCCUUUUCUUUGA